GAGUCUCCUUGGCGAAGUCGGUGAAAGCAAAUGACGGCGGAAUGCUGGUAUUUUGCUGCAAAUCGCGCAGACAGGACAGAAACAAAACCACAAACAUCGACAACACAAAUACAAUAUUACAGCACAAGUUUGAAUCGACUGGGAAAAGUUGUAACGGUAUUAAAAUAGGAUAUUACUUAUAUUUUUAAUAGUGACGAAGAAAUUAAGAAACGUUCUUACAUUUUCAAAUUAAAAUAAUACUCGAAACUAAAUGAUAUUGUAUUAAGUCAUAGCGUUAUUGACGACCUUGAAAGUAGUAGAGAAAGAUUGGCUUGAAGUGAAUUAGCAUAGGAAGAAAACUUGUGCGCAAUAGUGGGGACUACGCAAAGGAAAGGGGAAAAGUAAAGGAAGAAAUUAAUUUAAUUAAUAAUAUGAGUGAUCUUGUAAAUAAAGUCGUGUUACUCAAUAUUUUCGGAUACGUUUACAGUGAAGGUGUUAAAUAAUUAAUUAGUGUAGAUCAGCGGCGUCGGUAACGACAAUACCUAAAAGACCAUUGAAUUUCAGGAAGACCUGAGGAGACUUGCUUGAAUAAACACAGUGCAUUCCGAGUUCGACUUAGUUGUGAAGGCCCGCACUCGUUCACUUUUACUUUCAUUUGUGGCGCAGCCUGGUGUUGAAAAUUCGUGCUCCAGAAAUAUACACUCGACGCGAAGGUAAGAUAGUGAGAGGACGCAUUUGAACGCGGUGCACACUCUUCGGUUACGGCGAUUUUAGAGUGGUAGUGUGGUGGAGCUAUGGCUCAGUGUUAUGGUGGUGUAUUCUUUAACGGUGCUCGCGACCACCAUCAGGAUAUACCAGUCGCGGAAACCCCUUAAGGACUAAUUAUUUCUUAGGGUGGUUUAGACGGGAAAACUUUCGGAACCUACCUUUGAAAACCAUAUAUUUGGUCUGCCUUAUUUGCAGUUUAAUCUUCUGGAGGCUGCCCUCUUCCCAAUUACGAAAUUCGCCAUGUACUCAGAGGAACAAGACUCGCACGGCUUAUUAACCCUGCAUUAUGGCAAACACCACGCUACCAUAGUUGAUGAAAUUAAAACAUGCUUCGCUUCUGAGAAUUACGCCGAUAUGACAUUCGUUUGUGAUGACAAGACAGCACUUAAUGCUCACAAAUUGGUAAUGGCGUCCGCGAGUCCUUUAGUUCGCCGCAUCCUUGGAGAGAGUGCCCAUGCUCAGGAACCUAGCGUAGUUCUCAUCCCUGGAAUAAAAAGCACCCAUCUGCGCCACCUUCUAGAUUUCCUUUACAAUGGACAAGCUUGUAUCAAGUCGAGUGAAUUGGAUAGUAUUCAAGAGCUAUUCGACGUACUUCAGAUCAAAUCGGAUAUUUGGCAGUCUUCCAAUUCAGAAGAGGCUAAAACUUUGUCCGAAGACGACAAUAGUUGGACAGCUCCUGACAAUGAAAACUUUGAUCCGAUCAUAGUUAAAAGAGAGGCAGAAGAAGAUGAGAAGGAAGAGGGGGAAAUUAAAGAUGAUGACGAAGACGACGAUGCAACAGAUGACAAUAUUAAAAAAGAACAAAAUAGCGUAUCUCCAAACCCAGUGAACUUAUCAUUGAAUACUAAAAACUCCAAUAUUGAAAAAACUAUCGAUGAACAUGACAAACAUUCGGGUAAAUUGGAACCGAAAACUUCGAAUAUAUUUAAAGUUGGUCAGUCUAGAGUGAAAAUAGCUCAAAAGGCACAAGAACUCACACAAUUCCAUCAACACAGAAUAAAACGGAAAAGUAUGUACAUAGAACCCAUAGACCUCAAACACCAUGAUGACUUAUCUCAUCUGAAGCCUCCCAUAGCGGAUCAGAAAUUAAUCUCAUUGGUACAGAGCCCCGAUAACUACGUUGUAACACCUCACAGAAAAAGAAGGCCGGGCUUUCAUAACUCCCCAGCGCAAAACCCUCCAUUUGUUCCUUUUUCCCCUUCAUAUAUUGAAGAAAGCACACCACAUCAUCACAGAUAUAAGAGUCUUCCUCCAUUAUUGGCAGCUCAUCAUCCUCUCUCUUUAUCAGCACCUCCAUAUCUAGUGGAUCGAACACAUACUCCGACACCAGGUCAACAUCCAGAUAUUUCCGGCCCAACCGAUAAGGUGAUUGUAAAAGACAGACCUCCAAGUGCGGAUCAAGGCUUAGCAACGGAUUCAUAUCAAACGUUCGAACACACAUGGGGAGCUUGGUCUUUGUGUCAAACUCAAGUGAACGCUCCUUCGGGAAAUGACGAUUCUCGGGAACUUCCGCUCACAUUUUCAACAAGUAGUAACGAUGAGGCAGCUGAAAGUUCGUCUCAUGCAACCGGUAGUAGUAAAGAAUCUUUACCUGCUGUACAAGUUCGAGAAUAUCGUUGUGAAUAUUGUGGCAAACAAUUUGGUAUGUCGUGGAAUCUAAAAACUCAUCUUCGAGUGCAUACAGGAGAAAAACCUUUUGCGUGUAGAUUGUGUGUAGCUAUGUUCAAACAAAAAGCACAUUUAUUAAAACAUUUGUGUAGUGUUCAUAGAAACGUUAUAUCCUCGAAUGAUGGCAAUUCCGGAAGAUUCAAUUGCUGUUUCUGUCCAUUGUCCUUUGAAUCCUUACCUGAAUUGAUAAGACACUUAUCAGGACCUCAUAAUAAUUUGUUAUUAAGUAAAAAUAUGCACGAGCUAAAAUAGCUAAUCCCAAUACAUUCCAUUUUCCACUGAUGAAGUCGUAUACAAUAAUUUAGAACGACCAAAUCUUGUGAUAUACUGAUGUUGUCAGUGCCUUUUCGUGUGGACGUACAUGUCUGUUACCAUUAGUUGGUAGUUCUUUCCUGGAUUGGGCAUGAGAAAAUGUGCCUAUUUCCAACUAUACUCGACGCCAUCCGUUAAAAAUGUGUUAAUAAUUUUAUUGUAUAGACAUAAUUUUAACCGUUGUGUUCAAUUUGAAUUUACGUACCUAACUACGCGUGGUGUGUAUAACAGGUGGUUUUUAAAAUUAUGUUUUUCGGCUGGUCCGAGCUUAAUCAUUAUGUCCUAUAAAUUAUUCAAAAGAUCUACCAUUAUAUACACUACAAAUGGAUACAUUCUUAAUACAUUAACGAAAAAUGCGCAUUAAAACUGAAAAAACAAUUAUAAAUGCUUAAAUAUGUAGGAAGGAAGAUCACGUGCCUUAGAAAAAAUUACAAGAAGAAUGCUUCUCGCACAGAAAUGUGUACACGAAAUUAUGUGUUUGAUAGAAAUUAAUCCAAGUCCAAAAAGAAAAAAAAUUCUAUUGAAAGCUUAUAUCCUUUAAAUUUGCAAAGCGAAGCAAGCAUACCUAUAAAAUAAAUCUUAUGGGGUAUAAUUGUAGAAUGCUUGUUCUUAGAUUGUAUUCAAAGAGGAAAUUGUAAUGAAACUUAUACUGAAAUAAUUCAGUUCAAAGCCUUAGAAUAUUACUAUUUGUAUGGUAACUGAGCUAAAAACAUGCAUGUCUGCCAUUGCAUAUUACAGUAUGAAGUUAUUGUUGUCCGUUUGCUGGUAUAAAUCAAAAUUAAUGUCUUGUAAGAUGACAAGAAAUAUAUAUUAGACUUGUCCAGAAAUCAGAUACAACAUUAAAGUAGAAGAAAUGUAACGUUAUGGACUAGAGAGUAAUGUAGUGGCUCCAACAGCAUGAUAUUCUUUUAGAGACUGAAUGCCUCGCUUCUUUUUUUUUCUAGAAUUUGGAUGACCCACAUACAUGUAUAAAAUUUCGUUUCAAAUUAUUUCCUAGCCUUUCCCAUCGUGGACAUAUGAAAAAUCGUCUUUUAGACAUUUAAAUGAAUGUUUGAUACGUCUGAUUUUCCUCCAUUGUGUACUAUUCUAACCAUCGUAUAUGGUUAUUAAAUAGUUUGCCGAAAUAUACCUAUAAGAUUUCGUUCUUUCCCACCUCUCUACUCAAUUAGUUCUCUAUCUGUAUGGUUGGUACUGCGGUGGUUACUUGGUUCACAGUAUCAAUAGUUUUCGCAAAGAAGCCAUAUUAUACUUUCAGUCACCGUUUCUGGAUCCAGAGUUCUUUGCAUCAACAUCAUAUUGGGUCACUUUCUUGUUAUGUAUGUGGACUUAUGCCGCAUUACUUUUUCCAAGUCGAACGACCCUAUCAGCUUUACACUGGUAUAGAAAUGUUCAUAUGGAGUGAAACCUCAAGUUUAUUUAUAUUUCUAUAAGAUUGUUUUAUACAUUGUGGUACAGUUCUUCCUAUUCAACUGACUUGCUACUAGCAAUAGCACUUUUCAAAGCUCAUAAUCACAAUUUAUACUGUUUUGUUAGUCUCUUGGUGCAAGAUAAUUUCUUCUUAAAUAAGCUCUUGAUUUAACCAGUCAACAAAUGGUCGUUUACUUUUGGCUAUCUUCUUUGGCAUAGAACGGUCACAUCCUUAUUCAAUUAAUCAAUGUUGCAUUGUAAAUAAGAAACGUUUUUUGACUUUUCUUAAGGCAGAAUAUAUGGUACUCCUGCUCAUCAAUCUUAGUUAACUGCAAAUGAUUCAAUAUUCGACGUUGUCUGUAUUAUUUUCCGUCUACUAAUAUAAGAAUUCGUCCUCAGUGAUUCUAGUACCCUUGAACUAAAGUCAGUUAUCUUUUUACUUUACAGUCUUCAUCUUCUGGCCAAAGUUAUUUUUCAAAAUUCACUAUUCUCUCGUUUUUUAUAAGUUAACAACUUAUAUGUGCUACUUUUUGUACGUGCACACUGGCUUUAACAAAUUAGUCAACUAAAUGUAUUCAUCUUCUUUUCCAAUGUUUUUCGUCAGUAGUACUCGUAUAUUUAUAUUCAAACCAUACUUUUUUUCAUUUAUUCUUUUUCUAAUAUCGUUUAAUUAUUGAAAGAUCUAUCCAUACAUAAUCAAUCGAUUGAGACAAACUUUGAAUUAUACGAAAAUUCUUUGUAUAAAUAUAUUUUAAUAAUAGUCUUUACACCACAACUCCAGCAUUAUAGAUAGUGGGAUUCAGGUAUAAAUGGUUACCUUUUCAUUUAAUUUUACAAGCUUUUUUAAUAAUAUAACAGUAUAAAAUGACAGAAAAAUACACAUAAGCAGUUUCAUGUACUUUUCUCAUCAGAAACGUUUAUAGAUGUUUACAAAAAAAAGGAGUAGUGACCUAUUAAUACACUUUAUUUGAUUAUGUUAAAAAAGAGAUUAGAAACACACCAAGAAAUAACUGAAACUAAGGAUAAUCCAUCCUCUAAAAGUAGAUUGGUGUCUACUGUUGAAAUUAGUCAAUAGAUUGCAGAGUCUAGAGGAUUGUUAUACCAAAAUAUAAUUUUAGUUAACCGUUUCCUUUGAACAAAAAAAUAAAAAUAAAAUUCUACUCAUUAAAAAAGUACAAAUAGUUGGAUAUUUCACAAAUGUUGAUACUUUUUCAUUCAAUUAGUACUAAGGAAAAAUUUUGUAAAUUUUUAGGAAUCAGCCUAUCGUGAAUGGCCAAUUUAUUUACUAGUUUGAAUUGUGUUUCCAAUUUCUGUUUUGAAAUAAUUUUUUAAACCUGUUGUUCGAUGUAUAUCUUUCCACGUUCUAUUUCUUGUUUCUUUUCUUUCAAGUUUUGUGUAACUCUAUUUGAUCGGCAGCUACUUUGUAAUGUAAAUAGGUGAUUACAAAAGCUUGGAAAAUUGAAUGGAGAUAGCUUAUGCAAUAGAUACAUUUUUUAUUUUUCAAUAAUUGCUCACAAAUAUUGGUUGUAAAGUAGGUACGUAGUGUGGUCAAGAAAUAAAGUAACUAUUUUUUUUUCGUUAAAUAUUUACCACAAUCAAGAAAUCACGAUCAAGUGAAGGUGAUACAUGAUCGUGAAUGCUUCCAUCAUAUAUCGGGAGGUUUUCGUCGUAUUGCUUCAAGCAAACGACGCAUAACUAAAGAUGAUAUUUUCAUUCUGGAAAGAACCCUCUAUACACUACGUCAUUUCAUCAAAUAAAAUAAUUAGUAAGACUUGCACAUUUAAUAGACUUGGCAUGUUUUCUUCUGUCUUUAGAUCAUGAUUCUUCAAAUUGGUCUCACUAGAAUGAUUGGACACUGUUACCAAUUAUCACUAGCUGCAAAUCUUGAUUGCCUUUGACUUAAUAGCCUGUGAGCGAUACACUUGCAAAGGUUCUUUUAGUCAAAGUUUUAGGAACAAAUUUCAUUGCCAGACAUUAGCAUGACAUUAGUAAAUAAUGAUUCGUGAACAGCUUUUGUACCACAUAUAAACAAUUUUAGAUUUGCUAAAUACCAUAAUCAAUAAUAAGUGCGUAGGAGUAUAAUUGUAUUCUUCACACAAAAUUCAAUGAAGAUUUUUUUGAUCUAUUUUUUCGAUAGUAAAAAGUCGCCAAGCACACCAAAAUGCGUAUUUGCCUUCUGUCAAAAACAAAACCGAACACACUAUGUAUUUCAAAUUGUUCUAUUCACAAAAUAAAGCAUUUUUUGUUUUUGUAUGCAACAAUUGUAUAUUAUUUGCUUAUAGGUCGUUACUGUGAAACAGAAACUUAUGAUCGUAUAUUUUUUAAAUAUAUACACCAAAGAAAUAAAAAUUAAGUCGAAAUAUACAAUCUCAGUAACUUAUUUUCUCUCUUUGAUUCGCUCUCAUUUUUAUUUUUAUACUAGACAAUCUACCAAUAUGGAAGGUAAUGCUAUAUUUGUAGUAAUUUCAUAAUUACAGUUUCAUUUGAUUUUAAUCUAUAUUAAAUAUUUUUUAAGCCGACUCAUUUAAAAAAAAAAUUAUUUCAAGGAAAUCUCUUGGCACGAUUGAUUAUAAAAUGUGGUACAAAUAACGUAACUUAGUAUUUUAUUGUUAAAUGUAAAUACAUAGUUUGUAAAUAGUGUAAGAAAUAAAAAAUGUUUUUUUGUA